GUCACGCAUGCGCAGUGCGUGGAUCAAAUCGGCCUCAUGCGGAUGUUUCUAGCUCGCUCCACGUGUAUUCUUCGGUAACUACGCUUGUGGUGGUGCAGCAAAAACAAUGGCGAAGAAAAACGCUACAAGGCUAAGUAAAAAGCAAAGCAAAGUUGUCACCAGUGAAGAAGUAGAAGAAGUGGACAAUGUCAAAACUGAUCCUCCCAUGGACAUUGUGGUUGGAAGUAGGUCCACGGUAUCCGUAACCUGUGAGAAGAAUGAGGAGGGAGAGAGCGAUGGUGUUAAAAAGGAAACCAAUGAAGCCAAUGGAGCCAAUCAGCUGAAGACACAAAUAAAAGGGAAACGGAACGCAAACUCCUCUGUUGACAGCUCCCCACCGAAGAAAACUAAGCCCAACGAUGACGAAUACUGUGUGUAUGUUAGCAACCUGAACGACCAUAAAACAUUUGAUGAUGUUAAAGACUCACUGGCCAAAUGCUUCAUGAAUCAAAGUAUCCUGGUUCAAGACAUCAGAUUACACAAAUUCAAAAGAUAUGCUUUUGUAGAUUUGGCCUCAAAGAUGGACUUGACCAAAUGUUUGACGUUGGAUGGAGUAGUGUUGCAUGAUAAGCCGAUCACUAUUGCCAUAGCGACGUCCAAAUGCGCAAACAAGGCACAAGGUCAAACAAAGCACAAAAAAGCCAAAGAUGAGAACUGUUUGUUUUUGAAGAACGUCCCGUACAACACAACAAAAGAUGACCUUCUGAAAAUCUUCAGCUUGGCUGGUGAUGUCAGGUUUCCUGGUGGGACAAAAGGGCCAACACAAGGCAUAGCCUUUGUUGAGUUUGAGAAUAAAACUGUCGCUCAGAGUGUUCUGCAACAAAAACAAGGAGUAGUGAUUGAAGACCGGAUUCUGGUUGUGGACUCAGCCGUCAAAGCUACUGGAAAAAAAGAAGACAAAAAAGCUGAGGUGGCUCCAAAUAACACCUUGUAUGUGUGCAAUUUGCCAUUCAAUAUCAAAGAAGAUAAGCUCCAGAAAAUCUUUCAGACAGCUCUUGGCGUCACCAUGCCAAAGGGCAAAUCAAAGGGGUUUGCGUUUAUCAAGUUUGCCUCUGUGGAAGAUGCUGAAAAGGCCAUGAAGGAGACCCAAAACAUGAAAAUCCUCAAAAAGCCUCUCAGAGUACAAUUUAGCAAUGUGCAACAGAAAUCAGGGCAGGGCGAAGUUCUAUAUAAAACACUGGUUGUGAUGGGCCUCGCCACGAGCACGACUGCAGAGACUCUUAAAAUGGCCUUUGAAGGAGCUCUCAGUGCAAGGAUACCUGUCCAUAACGUGACCGGAACCUCAAAAGGGUUUGGCUUUCUGGAGUUUGAGAGUGAAGAAAACUGCAAAGCUGUCAAAACAGCCAUGGAGGACUGCGAGAUCGAUGGACACAAAGUGACAGUGGCUUAUGCCAUGAGCAACAGGUUAAAAGCUCCUGUGACACCUGGUGGGGAGCCUGCAGGUCCGGGGGCUGGCAAUGGUGGGCCAGGCGGAAAGAGGUAGCAUUCCAGUUAAACUUGCUGUAACAAAGACACGUUGUACUUGUACCAGUUUCAGGCUAGAUUGAUUUUAUUAUCAAUAAAGUUUUACUAGUAUUGUGUAAACAUGUUUGCUGUUAUUGGUAUACGCCCAAUGAUCAUCUCUGCAGGUACAUUCAUAUAGUCAGAGCAUCUUGGCAUCUCUUUGCUCAUUUUGUUUUUUCAGCAUGUGAUUUAGCUAAUUUUUGACGAAGUUGCGUAUUUAGAGUGUUUACAUCUUGUGCUUUCCAUGUGGGGCCGAAGCGAUAAGCCAAUUUAGCUCGAAUAAUUGCAUUCCUGCUAUUCUCUCGCAGCUGUUUUAGAAUUGUUCUUGUAAAUGAUGAUUUGCUAAAUGUAUCUAAUAUUUUGCUCUAAUCUGUCAAAUUUGAUACAGGGAGAGCUGGUUUUAUCUACGCAUUUGUUUUAGUAGCAUUUGUGUUUUUAUAAACGACAAAGGUCAAUUACUCUGAGUUUACGGUCUUGUUUAAGAUUCUCGGCUGGUACGCUUCCUUUGCGUAAGAGUUUUUUAAAAUUUAUUUCAGGUAAGAAGCGUGGAACCGGCUAACAACAGGAUGCUUUUAAAGGAGUGGAAAAUAAAGCCGGAGUCUGCAAAAGUUAUCAUGUAGAUAUCUUUUCUUCUUUAAGAUCUUCAACAGGGAGUCUGCAAAAUUUUUGGUUGAUACGACACUUUUUCCACAAAUUUAAAUGUCUUCAGAAUCAGAAUUGUAUUAUCUUUAAACAUAUUAACGAAUCCGAAUAAUAUUAAUGAAUCCAACGAACGGAUAAAUUGAUGGAGAAGCCCUUAUCUUUCAGUCCACAAUACACACAUUCAGCUACACACAAGUGCUCUCUCAAGCUGGGCACCGGUUAAUUCACCGCACCUUUCAUGUAAAAACGACAGCACAGCCACUAUCCGGUCAGAUUCUGGUGUUUAUUGUCCCGUCUAAAGAGCGCGAAGCACAAGAAUAAAAGUAGCGGACCAAAAAUUGCGGGGAAUAGGGGGUCUCUGCUCCAUCUUGCCAUCAGUUUGGGGGACCUUGGCCUGAAAAGACCCAGGCUUUAAACCAUUUGAACAUUAACUGAAAUGUAUUUCAUUUAAUAUCCUAUCCUGAGGUUUUGUCCUAUGAAAAGCUGUAAUGUAAAUGUGACAUUGAAUACAUUUUAAAACCACA